AUGGGUUCUGCGACAAAGCUCAAGGCGUGCUAUUCGUGCACGAACGGAAAGCGGAAAUGUGACAAAGCUCAACCUAUAUGCGGGCGCUGUAAUGAUCGGGACGUUGAAUGCCGAUAUCCGCCUACGAAGCGAAAGAGGCUGCACCCGUCAGCACCAGGAGCGGAUAAUGGCGGAGAGAGUCAAAGCAGACUCAGUGUUGGACCACCGAGUCUGAUGCAAAUACCUUUCUCAACACCAGAUAAUGGCUUGAUAGACCUCACUCAGUGGGCGGCAAGUUUGAGCAAUUGGGACACUCUCCCUGCUGCUGAAUUGCCAGACGACUCGCCCGCGACGAGCAGUGAGACAGUCUCCAGCCAGAAGGAUGCUGUCGACUUCUUCCUCAGACCUGAUGCGUGGGCCGUUCGUCACAUCCCUUUUACGACACCAUCAUUCCCAAACUCGGUCUGCAUGAAUUAUGUCCACGGUAUUCAUGAGUUCUUUACUGAAUGGGUCACCAACUCUCACAGCCCGUUCAUACACAACCAACUCUACGCCGAUGCCGGGCUGCCAUUAACAAUACAGGAUGCAUUCACAUGCAUUGUCCUGCAUAACUCCAAAACACCCGCGAAUGAGACGGUCAUUGAUGAGCUACUGGCAUCGAAAGUAUCGGCAUUACUCAAGGCAUAUUGCCCGGACCUCGCUGGUCCUGAAGCGACGAUUGGCAUUCGUGAGCACCUCUCUCGAACCCAGGCGUUAUUCGUCCACCUUGUUCUAGCGCUGUUCUCACCUUCCAUUGGAGCGAGAGCCAAUGCAGAACAGCAGAUACAAACCCUUUUGUCAUGGACUCGCCAGCUCUGGGAAGCCGCUCUUCGCGACCCAGAUAUUGGCCUACCUUGCGAUGGCGGUGACAACUCAGCAGCUGCUGCCUCUGCCAAUGGCAUCGUUUUGGACUCCAUCUUCGACGAAAUGGGCUGA